GAAAAGUAAAAGGAGAAACAAAAUGGCAAUACAGUUUGUUGAAAUUUUUCAAACUUUCGUUAAAUUUCAGAAAAUAUAUUUAUAAUAUUGGCUCCGUUGACCAGGAAAAUAUAAUUAAAUAUAAGACCUAUGUGGUUUAGGUCAAAUUAUUAAUUUCUACAUCAUUCUUGUUAUAUCUUUAAAGAAUGGAAGACGAGGAUUUCGAUAAUAAGUCUCCAGUUGGACAGCUUAUUCAGCGAGUGAAUAAGUUGUGUAAAAAGCCCCAAAUUGAUGAACAACUAAGCAAUGCUUUGGAUGUGUUUCAAGAAAAAGUAACCCGGCAAAAAGCGUAUCUGAAUAAUGGUAUAUUUAAUAUUAAUUUUGCCGAAGCAGCUCUUUUUUUACAAAGCUGUGCCCAAUUGUAUGGUAAAAAGAUUGACCUAUUUUGGGACCAAAUAUUGGAAUUUCAUACUAGGCUAAUUGAAUAUGAUUGCCGUGAUCAGCAAGAAAAGGGAAAGCAGCUCAACAAUGACGUCAUUCAAAAACUGGAAGAAAGAAGGAAUAGAUACAAGAGGAAGAAAAAAUUCAAACUCACAUUGGCCGAAGGCAAUACCAACGUUGAUGAUUUCAUUUUCGAGAAGGAUACAGAACUUGAAGAACCCAUCGCCUUCGAACCGGAUGACGAUCUCUACAAAGCUUGGCGCAGGAUAGAGUGCGAGAGUCAUGAAAUAACCAAAGUUCCUAGAGCGAUCGUCAAGCAGCAAAGAAGGACUUACAGGAUGAAGAAUUAUUACAUCAUGAAAAAUCAAGAUUGGGAUAUUUUCGAUUCCGAAGAUGGUGAAUUUAACACGAAGUACAGCAGAAUACCGGGUUGGCACAUUAUUUACCAUCUAUUCGAAUAUAAUACGUUGGGUUUAUUGCCUGAUAAGUACAACACCAUAGCGACUCUUCGUCUUUGUUGUUAUUUGAGAGCGCAGUUCAUGCGAGAUAGAAAAAUACCUUUUAACGCACCCUACAGUCAGUACAAAGAAGAAUAUCUUGCAUACAAAAAGCAGUUCUUUGAGGAAGAAGCCAAGAAAUGGCAAAACAUGCCUUUGGACACGAUGGCCGACCUCAGGAGGCAGUUGCAGUACCUCGCUCAGAAAGAGCGCGAAGAGGAAGGUGAUCCGCCCAAAAAAACUUGGGACAUACCUCCGUUUAUGCACAAAAGCGGGUGCGGUUAUGAAGGCUGUACGGAAUGUUCGGAAGAUAGUAAAUCGAGCAUCAUAACAAUCGCGGAUUCUGUAGAUAAGGAAUUCGAUGAUGGGUUUUUUAAAGCAGAAACAGCCAAACUUGAUGUGACUGUUUCUUUAGAAAAACUAUCCGCUGACAUAGUUGACACGAAGCUAAGGCAGGAUUCCGGAUUUUUUGAUCUUAGCGAAAGCGACCCAUCCGAUGCUUCCCAACUUGUUGACGCUAGUAAGAUAGAAGAUUCUACAAUAAAUGAUCCAUCGAUAGUAACAGAAAAAACUGGCGAAAGUGACAAAACGACUGAUUUUUCCGCUGAUAAACCGAACGAUAGUUCAUUAGAAGCUGAUAAAACCACUGAUGGGACAGAUGAAAUAACAGAUGCUUCAGCAGAAGCUAAUACAGCAGCUGAUGCUUCAACAGCAGGCGAUAAGGUAGUUGAUGCUUCAACAGCAGGUGAACAAGCAACUGUAACUUCAGCAGAAAGUGAUAAAGCAAUUGCAGCAGAAGGUGACAAAGCAGUCGAUGCUUCAACAACAGAUCCACAAGCAACUGUAUCUUCAGCAGAAGGUGAUAAAGCAGUUGACGCUUCAACAGCAACUGUAUCUUCAACAGAAGCUGAUAAAGCAACUGCAGCUUCAGCAGAAGGUGAUAAAGUGAUUGAUGCAACAGCUGAAAAUUUGAUGGGUAAAGAGAAUGAAGGACCAAUGGAUGACGAUGAUUUUGAUACUAGGAGCAUUAUGAGUGAUCACGAUUACUGCCGGAUGCCGGUUAAUGUUCUUAAAGAAAAUAAUAUGAAUAAGCAGAAUGUAAAGCAAACGAAUGAUGAGAUGGUUCCCAUGAGAACGAAAGUUAGGAUAGUUCAGAAAGUUGUUUCACCAAAGAUUCCCAAAGAAAAGAAAAUUGAUAAUACUCUAAUGGGCCCACCGCCACCAAAAAUAAGAAAAUUGUCUAUAAAGCAAAUGGAAAAACUAUCUAAAAGCAAAAUAAAACCGGUAAAGGAAAUGAAAUUCGAAAAAUUCUUCUCCAUGAAUUACCAACCUCAAUUAGGAGAAGGAGACAUUCGAGUUGUCGAAUAUGAGUCUGAUGAAGAAGUCGAACCUGAACAAGUGCUGGCGCCCGAUGAUGACGUUCGUUCCAUCGUUUCCGACCACAACUAUUCCCAAUUACCCGAUAUCGAGAAUAUUCCUAUUAACGAUUCAGGUUUCGUUGAUGAAACUAUUGAUAAAACUCCUUCCACUGCUACUGCUCCCGCUGAAAGUACAGAAGAGAGCGGGGUAGCCGACGAAGGUGACGGCGAUGCCGAUCAUGAUACGCCGCCGGAAAACGACGAAGAAACGCCGAUGGAAAAUAGAUUUCCCGAGGAAAGGCGAGCCGUAGAUCCGGAAUAUCAAGCCGAAUAUGAAAGAUUACUAGCGCAAUUGCGAGAAUCCAGGAGGCAGCUGGGCGAAGAGUUGACGAUAGAUCCGGAACGAACGGCAACGGAGCGACAACUCAAGGAACAAGAAAGGAAGGAUGCUAAAACUCGAGUGCAGCAAUGGAGAGAUACAAUAACCCCUAUUCUAAGGGAUUUGAACGAGAACGAUUUCGACAUUCACGAGUACGGCAGUAAGGUCAUGGAAGGUAUGGAAGUAGAAGAAAGUAAACCAUUCAAAACGAUCAUCGAUGGUAAAUCUACCGUGGAGGUUGUUCGCCAACUUUGCAGGGAAAUACCGACUGAUGCGAACAGUAAGUAUGUUUGUAGGUAUUUCAUUGCGUCCUUGCAACUGGCGAAUACCUACAACAUCGAAAUAUGCGGCGCCAAGAAGGGCGAACUAUCCAACGAGUCGUUCAACGUUAAAUUGUUGAAAAAGGACAGAUACCACGAACAUUUGGCCGAGUACCACGCGCCCUCCGAAGAGGAUUUCCGAAAAAAAUUGAAAAGACUCAGAGAGAUGCAAAGCAGACAAAAUGAAGAUGAGUACGAUGAAGAACCACUUUCAAAGCGACAAAGCGUCGAAAACUCGAAUAAAAGAAAGAUACAAUCGCACAACACCUCUUCCACGCCAAGUACAUCUCAAGUUCCCUCCACUUCUGAUACGCCCAAAAGAUACUCAGCCAAGCGCUCGAAGAACACCUCAAACGCCGCCCCGAAUCCCGUCAAAGGGAAAAACAUCGUGGUAAAACUGACUCCGGUCGUUUUUCACGAUACGCCCUCCACGUCCCGAUCGCCGUUCGGCGUUUGCGAAACCUCCGAGCAAUUUUGCGAGGAGCUGGCUAUCGCGCAGGCCGAAAACCCCGAGAGGUUCUCGACACCGCAAACGCAGCGGCCGCUCAGGUCUUUGGAGCCCAUCGACUCCAAUGUUCGUUUACAAUUUUAGUAGUGAUUUUUAUUCAGGGUUUUGUAGAUACUCGGGAUGUCUAUCGAAUUUGAAUUUCAGUAUACGCAGAUACAUAUCAGUUCAGUUUUUUUAAAUUCAGGGUGGAUUUGACAGUCGAAUAUUGCUCACUCUGUAUAGUAAUAAUUACACUGUUGAAGGUUCUUUUUCUUCUCAAACCGACCACUAAAAAUUGUAAUGUUGCGACGUCGCUUUCUUUUUCUGAAAUAUAUAGGGUAUGAUCUGAUAUUAACCAACCACUAACCAGGAUUUUUUGACAGCGGUUCCUGAACAAAUCUAAUUUGUAGGUUACUUUAGGCGUUUUCGGAAACUUACUUGGAUCAGAAAGAUUAUAGAUCUAAUUUUUCGUUUACUUAAGGUUACUAACACUAUCUGUGUUCGAAAACUAGUAGAUUACUGAUCCAGUUUUAUGAUCGGGAUCAAUAUUUUGUAAUCCACUUUGCGAGUAGAUUAGUAAUAGAUCCACAUGCGCACCACAGGAUUUUAUAAAGGGAUAACGCAAUUUUUUGAUGUCUGGUGUCGGCCAGUAGUAGCUUUGAAGGUUUUUCUACAUUUAAUUACUUAUAACUUGCAAUGUUUAUGCCCAUAUUGCGAUUUUACUAACCAGAUUUCAAAUGUUUAAUUAAAAUGAUUCGUUAACAAAUAAGGGUUGACAGUUACGCGGAAAAAGUUAAAGAUUGGUAAACGUUAAUAAACUGUCGGCACUAAGUUCAGUGAUCCACGUGAUCCACCGGGUAAACCCAGUAUUCUGGAUUUAUCUAUAGUAGGAUUCCGAAAACGCCUAUUUGGAUCACGGCCAAAAGUUGCGUCACUUUUGUGACAGAUUUACAUUCGACUUAAUGGUAACCGUAAAAUAUACCGGUUAGUGAAUUGACGUUUGAGUCACCAUUUUCAGGUAACCGCGUUCCUAAUUUAAUCAGUUUUUCAGUGUGAUUAGUUUUGAGCAACCGAUAUUUCGGUUAAUAACGAACCAUAUAAUUAGUGAAAUGUCAUUUAUAUUUCAAAUUUAACCAAUCAAAAGAUGAGUAUUUGCAAUUCUUAAAUAAGGUUGAAUCAGACCCAGGUAUUUAAAAUGGACUGUAGUUUGAGACAUACCUGUUGACUUCCUGAUAUGUGCUGGUUGCUUGAAAGUGUGGUUGUAUUCAAAUUCACCUAAUACUGAACAAUGCUGUAUUAAUGAACUUUUAAAAUAGUGUUUUUUUAUGCAAAACAUGGUUCACACAAUUAUGUAUUGGCUUCUUAGCAAAAGCUGUGUAUGAGAGCUCCUUUCUUAUCAAAGGUGUAUAGUAGACUGGGCCAAAAAAAUAAAACAAUUUUUUUUCUUAGCGGAACUAUGAAAAUAUUGUUCAUGACGACAAAAAAAAUUUUUCCUGAAAGUUUGAGCCCUUAAUAAUAAUAUUAAGAGGUGCAUCAUUGCAGUUAUUGAUUUUUCAACAGUUGUCGCGUUCUUUCAUAAAUUUCGGACUUGGUCAAUUUUAAAAAAAAUUUUCAUCUCUUAUCCUUGUAGGAAAUUAAAUUCCCCACAACAAAGCUCUCUUAGUAAAUUUUCGUAAGACGAGUCUAUUCUUUGUAAUCUUAAUAUUUAAGUUCAUUUUGGAAAUCCCAAAUGCAAAGUGAAAAAUUGAAAAUAUAUACCAAUGUUUAAGGCUCGAUU